AUGGAGAAGUUACUUGGAGGACAAUCAACCAAUGGAGCCCUCAAGUCAAAGACGAAGAUCGUGUGUACUCUUGGACCGGCAUCGAGAUCUGUUGAGAUGGUCGAGAAGCUUCUCAGAGCCGGUAUGAACGUAGCCCGGUUCAACUUCUCCCAUGGAAGUCACGAUUACCAUCAAGAAACCCUUGACAACCUCCGUACCGCCAUGGCCAACACUGGUAUUCUCUGUGCCGUCAUGCUUGACACAAAGGGUCCUGAGAUCCGUACCGGGUUUCUGAAAGAAGGCAAACCGGUUCAGCUAAUUCAAGGUCAAGAGAUCACAAUCACAACCGAUUACACCUUGGAAGGAGACUCAAACACAAUCUCCAUGAGCUACAAGAAACUCGCAGAGGAUCUCAAGUCCGGCGACGUGAUCCUCUGUUCCGACGGAACAAUCUCUCUCACCGUCUUGUCCUGUGACAAGUCUCACGGUCUUGUCCGUUGCCGAUGCGAGAACUCGGCGACUCUCGGAGAAAGAAAGAACGUGAAUCUCCCCGGAGUCAUAGUUGAUCUCCCAACACUCACUGACAAGGAUCAAGAAGAUAUCCUCCAAUGGGGUGUCCCGAACAAGAUCGACAUCAUCGCUCUCUCCUUUGUUCGUAAAGGCUCUGAUCUUGACCAGGUCAGGGCUUUGCUUGGGGAUCACGCAAAGACCAUCAUGCUUAUGUCAAAGGUCGAGAAUCAAGAAGGAGUGAUGAAUCUUGAUGAGAUAAUGGACAAGACUGAUGCAUUCAUGGUGGCUAGAGGAGAUUUGGGGAUGGAGAUUCCAACGGAGAAGAUAUUUAGGGCUCAGAAGAGGAUGAUCCAAAAGGCUAAUGCUCUCGGGAAACCAGUUGUUACAGCUACACAGAUGCUUGAGUCUAUGACCAAAUCUCCACGUCCGACUAGAGCCGAAGCCACCGACGUAGCCAACGCUGUCCUCGACGGAACCGACUGCGUCAUGCUCAGCGGAGAAACCGCCGCCGGAGCUCACCCUGAGACCGCCGUGCUGACCAUGUCUAGAAUCUGCAAGGAGGCAGAGGAUUACAUCGACUACGACGCGAUGCAGAAGAAAACACAAGAUAUCAUUUCGCUGCCUUUAUCUCCGAUCGAGAGCUUAGCCGCGUCCGCCGUUUCAACGGCCAGGAGACUGUGUGCUAAGGCGAUUGUGGUUCUCACCAGGGAAGGUUACACGGCGGAGCUUGUCGCGAAACACAGGCCUAGCGUUCCAAUUUUGUCGGUUAUCAUGCCGGAGGUUACGGGCGCCGAUGAUGCGGCACAUGUGGCGGCACGUGGUUUGGUGUACCGAGGGAUUAUUCCGGUGGUGGCGGCGGGAGCUUCGGCUCGGUCUUCGAACAAGGAUUCGACGGAGGAGAUGAUUAGGUUUGCAGUGGAGUUGGCGAAGGAGAAGGGGAUUUGCAAGUUUGGAGAUUGGAUUGUGGCGUUGCACAAGAUUGAUGGUUCCUCUGUUGUCAAGGUUCUGAGCGUGGAGUAG